AACUGUUGUCAGGAUUUUAAUAACGAGUCAAGCGACGAAUUUACGUCAAAGCUCAAAUCAACCAACUCAUCUUUCUGCUUGCUACGUCACAAUAGAAACAUCACACAACCAAUGAGAGGGAAUGAACGAAGCUCUAGUGGCGCAAGUAUUUUACCUUACAGUUAUAGCAGCAGCAGCACAAGCAACAGCAUCAUGCAUGAAAAAUCAACAGAUUCAACAAUUUUACCAUUGUCGUCAGGAACGACGAGUCGAAACAAAGAAGACAUAAGUCGACAAAAGUCACCGAUAUUUAAUCGUCGACGUGCUUCCUCAAUAACUUUAGCUAGAACAAUACCAAGUUUCGCACCAAAUCCAUCAUCAAAUGCAUCACAACCUGCACAUAAUCCUAACGACUUAUAUCGCUACAUCAAAAAUGAUGAACAACAACGUCAAAAUGUACAGUCAUGGAACGAAACUUCACAAAGCGGCAGGUAA